AUGAGCAGCGCAAAUGACCCGGAACGCGAGCAUGCGCUCCAGGAAUACACUCAGAAGCUCAAGGAGUCAAGAGAAUGGGAGGCGAAGCUGAAGGCUAUCCGGAUGGAGAUCAAGGGGCUGCAGCGGGAUUUUGACGUUUCCGAGGACAACAUCAAGGCGCUUCAGAGCGUUGGUCAGAUAAUAGGGGAGGUGCUGAAGCAGCUCGACGAGGAAAGAUUCAUCGUCAAGGCUUCAUCAGGACCUCGAUACGUCGUCGGCUGCCGCUCGAAAGUCGACAAGGCCAAACUCAAGCAAGGAACUCGCGUAGCACUAGACAUGACCACCCUCACGAUAAUGCGAAUGCUCCCGCGAGAAGUCGAUCCGUUAGUAUACAACAUGUCGCUGGAAGACCCCGGCCAGGUCAGCUUUGGUGGUAUCGGUGGUUUGAAUGAGCAGAUAAGAGAGCUACGAGAGGUCAUCGAGCUACCGCUCAAAAACCCAGAGCUUUUCUUGCGGGUUGGCAUCAAGCCGCCAAAGGGCGUGCUGCUGUACGGCCCUCCUGGUACCGGCAAGACGCUCCUGGCACGAGCCGUGGCCAGCAGUCUUGAGACAAACUUCCUGAAAGUUGUAUCCUCCGCCAUCGUCGACAAGUACAUCGGCGAAUCCGCCCGCCUUAUCCGAGAGAUGUUCGGCUACGCCAAAGAACACGAACCCUGUAUAAUCUUCAUGGAUGAAAUCGACGCCAUCGGCGGACGGCGGUUCUCAGAGGGCACAUCGGCAGACCGAGAGAUCCAGCGGACACUCAUGGAGCUACUCAACCAGCUCGACGGUUUCGAUUACCUAGGCAAGACCAAGAUCAUCAUGGCCACCAACCGGCCGGAUACUCUCGACCCCGCACUGCUACGUGCUGGGCGGCUGGACAGGAAGAUUGAGAUCCCAUUGCCGAAUGAGGUCGGUCGGCUGGAGAUUUUGAAGAUUCAUACCGCCGGUGUGCAGACGGAGGGCGAUAUCGACUUGGAGAGUAUAGUCAAGAUGAGCGACCAGUUCAACGGUGCGGAUCUACGGAACAUCGUCACUGAAGCCGGCAUGUUCGCCAUCAGGGACUACCGGGACGCCAUCAACCAAGACGACUUCAGCAAGGCCGUACGUAAGAUGGCAGAGAACAAGAAGCUUGAAGGUCGUCUUGAGUACAAAGUUUUGUGA